AUGGACACUCUUAAUCUGCAGUCUGCUUCCGAAUAUCUUAAUAAUCUGCUUCUCGCCCGGGGACUUCUGCGGAAUGGAAAACGGAUCGACUUUGCAGACCCGGGGAACGCUGCGGACGGCGCUGAAGACACGAUGGCACAAAUUAUUAACCUGAUCCACGAUCUGGUGACUCGGAGAGACGUGAGUGCUACUAUUUUCCCCGUUCCUACUGGCUAUGAUACUGCGACGGUUGCACUGACACUUCCCGCCCGCCAGCGUGAAGCAGAACAACGGGAAAGUCUUGCCACUACUGUGAAAAAUCUCCGAAAGACAGAAGCAAAACAGGCACUUCAGGUGGAACAACUAGAGGGCAAAACGAAAGAACUGUCUCGCUCGAUUGCUCUUGCAGAAGGGCAAGAAACAGCAUUUAAAUCCACAAUACGCAAUGCAGACAUUACUAUACGUGGCCUAAAGGAUCAGAUGCAGCGGAUGAAAUCGUCGAUUCAGCAGAUAAGAACCCAAUGCGCUACGGACAUCCGCAAACGAGAUAUUGAAUUGCAGAAACUAAAAACCCACCUGACCGAGCGACAGCGUGGAAAGAGAGAUGGGAUACGUCUCAAGCAAGAAACAACAGAGUACUUGACACAGCUGUGCCAGAGUUUAAGUGAUGAAAACGAUGCGUUGAUACAGCUGUCUCGGGAUACAAUUCAGACGUUAAGAGAACUGCAAGGACUGGAGGAUGGAGAUAUGGAGGGGGUUGGUGAGGGUGCUGCAGUGAAAGAAGAAGGUGUAGAUGCCGCUCUAUCCCGGCACGAACUACUUUCAAGGGAAAUGGAUGCUGCUCUUGACCAGCUGCGAGCCCUACUUACAAAUCCAUCCUUUGUUCCCCUGGAAGAAGUGGAACUCCGGGACUCUGAGAUUGCUCGACUGCGGGGUGGGUGGGAGAAGAUGGAGCAGCGAUGGCAGGAGGCUGUUUCCAUGAUGGACGGGUGGCAUAAGCGGGUAUCUCACGGGAGCGGGUCGAUUAGCCUGGGCGAGCUGAGACUGGGGAUGUCCUUCACGACAGACUCGAGUAUGCAGAAGGAUGCGGGCAGCACGCUGAAUUUGUCCGUGGAUCAGUCGGAAUCGGGCGAUUCGGCCGUGUCUAGCAGACGGGUAUCCAAUGACUCCUCGACCCGGGAGAGACCAAAGAGACUGUUCGACAUCGAGCCGUCAGGGGCCGCCAAAGAAGUUCAUGCACCAGCAGGCAAGACCGCUGCCGGGGGUCAGAAGGCGGCAGCGCAGAGAUCAGACGCAACUGAUGUACGCCAGAAGAGACGGAAGCUGCAGCGGAACCGGCCGGCCUGA